UUGCCGCCGUUCAGCCAUUUGGGUGUCAACCCAUACAGCCCGAGGUCUACGGAUCCUUUGGGGCCUUCGGUACCGGAUCCCACCCACACCCCCUUAUAUUUGGGUCAGAAUUUUCAGCAGACUAUAGCACCGAGCUACCCAAACGGGAUGGCCCCCCACGUUAUGGAUAUGGCUAUCAACAAUCUGCCUAUAGCCAAUCCGGCUACUUUUGGUGAAAACACACCUGAAGAAGUCGAGGUUAUGGAACAGGAAACGUCGAGUCAAACUGCCGGCGGACGCUUGCCAAGUUUCGCGCAGCUCCAAACGCAGAGUUUCAGCGUUUAUGUUUCUAACUACGUCACACAGCCUAACGUGGGGGGUCAAGCUGUUUCUGAUGAGUCGACCGCUGGCUACAUAAUUGUAGACCCGGUCCACUCUCCAUUACAGUACAACAAUAUGGACAUUUGUGGGCAAAAUAUGGAUUACGAAUAUAGCUUUUCACCUAGAGCGUCUAAAGAAAACUUGAUUAAUUACAAUUCGGAAAACAUUAAAGUAUAUCCAUACGGAUACGCGGUAGGAGGUAAAACUAUAAAACGGGACGAUAACAUUCUACGUACCGAUUCUAGCGAGCUUCAAAUUUUAAAAAUAGAAGAUAUUAUGGAUUAUGCUAAUAAAGAAAAUUACGGUGCCCAAAUGAAAUCGCCUGCGAGUCCCGAAAGCGCAAAAGCUGAGAACGAGAGUCGCGGCUCUCCGUCUAUAACGUCGACGGUUUCGAGCACACCUCUCGCUGAACGUAAUCAGCUGAAGAAGUCUGGACCGGCCACGGUGCACAAGUGCUACGAAUGUGAUAAGUUCUUUAACAAGGCGUGCUAUCUGACACAACACAAUAAAACUUUUCACUCGGGCGCUAAGCCGUUUAAAUGUGACCGGUGCGGCAAACGCUUCUCUGAUGACGUGUCUUACGAGGGUCACUACUUGAAGCACGCGGACAAUAAGCCUUUUAAAUGCAAUGAGUGUCCGAAGUCUUUUAACCACAAGACAGAUUUGCGUCGACACAUGUGUCUGCACUCCGGCUGUAAACCUUUCGCUUGCGACCAUUGCGGUAAAGGAUUUAUUAGAAAAGAUCACAUGGUGAAACAUGUUGAUAUUCAUAUUAAAAAGAAUCUCAGGUCGUCCUCAUCGUCGAUAUCGUCAACAUCUUCAUCGUCAUCGUAAACAUAUCACACUGAAAAGUUUCGGUCAGAUAAAAUCAUUAACUCGGAGUUGAAAAUAGUAUGCACAUAUCAUUUUAUGACCGAUAGUAGAUAAUCGAAUAAUUGUUUAUUAUCAUAUACGACUAAAUAAAUUUACAUUAUUACAUUGGUAGCUCGGUAUUUUAUUAUGUAUAUGUUAUUCUUAUUAAGGCUCAACUCCAGCGCACGCAUUCAGACCGCCGGUUCGCUUUUUUGUUGUUCAUUCAAUCUAACCUUGUGUUCGAUGCAAGGUGACUUUAUGUGUCUGGGUGUCUGGGCGCUAAACAUAUAAUUACGUGACGUCGGAGUAAAAUUCCGCGAUAUUGUUUAGAAUGAUCCAUAUCAUUUUUAUGUUUUAAUAAUUAAUAGUGUAUUGAAGCAAACAGCGGUCAUGUUCCGUUUUAGGUCGUUACAGUAACUCGACCUUUACCAUUCACUAUGUUUUUUUUAUUUACGCUUCGUAAAUACUAGAAGAGUUUAAUCUUAGGUAAAUACUGUCUUUUUAGAAUUGUUAAUGUUAACGAGUGAUGGGUGUAUUUUAAAGUAUACUUACCAUUAGAGUAAUUUAUGUAAAUAAUUGAAAUUUGGGACUUAACUGCCAGACAUUAUAUUAAGUAAUUACCAUUCAAAUAUUGUUUAUAUUUAUCUUUGCUACAUCGAUAUUUUUACCGAAAUAUUUGUUUUAUGUAGUUUAAACUGGAUUUACAAUGAAAUUUAAUUAUACCUGUAUUAAAGAUCUUAUUAAAAGACGUUACAUGAAAUUGACGAUUAUAAUAAUUUAGUACUGUCUUACGAUGAUUGUAAGUGAUUGUGUCAAAUAGGUUUGCCCAAAAAGUCGAUAGAAUAUUUGUAGGGCAAUUAUUUGCCAACUGAUUGGACAGCGAUUGUGUUACAUGGAGUAUGUAUAGGGACAUGAAGCCGGGCGCGCCGGCGUCGGUUUCGACGACAUUACAGCGUCCCGACGACCGCGCCCUCUAGGAAGUGUUAUGUUUUUGUUCUAGAUGUUAAUCUUGUAUUUGGUUAUUACUUUAUUAAUAUUUUCCCGGUGCUUCCUAUUAUUAUUUUGUCUGUUGACAUUUGUUUUAACUUUAAGAUAGUUAGCUUCUUUGGGAUUCUGAAAAAAAAAUUUUUUUUUUCGGUAAUUGAAUAAUUUAUAUCAAAUUUCUUAGUUACCAUUGCGUUAUUUGACGAAUUUAGUUAUACAUUCCUGUUUCGUUAGUGGUAGGAAAGUAGUCUUCCUGAACGUUGCCAAAUUAGUUCCGCCAACUGUCUGUUGCGACACGAUAAAACUUUAAUUUUUAGGCUAAAGAUAAUAAAAUUCUUUAGCAAUAAUUAAAAAAAUAAUGUAAAUGUUUUUGUAUAGUAUUAAUGAAUUUAACAUGAUUUACGUAGGUAUUAAAAUCGUGUAGACAUCGUUUUCAAUGAACUUGUAUAUAUUUUUAUGAAAGGGUCGAUGAGUUUGCUGUAUGAUGAACAUAUCACAAGUCUUAAAAGUGUUAAAGCUGCAAAAUAUUCCCGCCAGUUAUAUGUGAUACCAGCAAAACUUUUUAUGUAGUAUUGUUUUAUCCGCACUCAUUACAUUAUCUGCGUAAUCUCUCACAUGUAACUCACGGGAUAUUUUGUUCCAUUUUAAUUUACAAUAAUCGAUGUCCAAGUGCUGUGUUUGUAUCGAAAUUUAUUCACUUCAAAAUAUAUGUGCAAUAUGGACAUUGUAUUGAUUUACUUUUUGAUGAUAGUUGUAUUUUAAUGUUGAUUAUAUUGCAGAAAUAUUUUUAUACAAAUAGAAUUACACUAACAAUAUUGAUCUACCUCAUCGGCGACUAUAUAUAUCACUUAAUUAAAUAUACAUAAAAUUAAAGAUAUUUGAAAACAAGCAAUAAAUGUGGGCGAAAGUAAGAAAGUAACUUAGCCCCUCUUGUAUUUUGAAAUAAAUAUUAAAUAGUUAUUUAAAGGAUAUAUAUUGGUACAAUCAUUAAACAGCCUGUGAUGUGGCGAAAACGUCAAUAUAUCUUGCCGAAUCAUAUCGUCUAUAUUUAAUGUAUACACAUAUCAUAUUAUAUACCUUCUCCUGUCCACAUGUACAGAGCUGUUUAACCAAUAUCAUAUAUAUGUACUGGGAAUUUAAAUGACCUAUUUAACAAGUUAUAAAGUUAAAUAAAUAUUACUAUAUUGUUGAGAAAAUUUUUGUAUAACAGAAAUGUUUUCUUAAUAGCAAAUGUAAUAGUGACAGAAUAUAUUAUGGAACUUAACUACCUCAAGUAACGAGUAAUAGGACUAAAAAGUGUUGUGAGGGUGUGCCGCGGGGUGGCGCUGGCGCCGUUUCCAUUACUGAAACUAAAUACCUCAACUUGCCUUUCGUGUUUUAGUUAAAAAUAAAUUUCUAUUUAGUGACGGCGCGCAGAGCUCCUCGGCCACCAGUAUUCAUAUACAAAUAUUAUAGUUGACAUAUUUGUCUCCUCAUACUGUUGAUUGCAAACACUUAUGUAGUGGUAUCAGUUAGAUAUUAAAUAUUGUAAAUAUAAAAUAACGAUGAAUUUUGUUAUUUAUCAUAUUCUAUUAUUGUAUUCAUCGAUAGACUUAUUUUAAAAUAAGUUUUAAUGUAGUGAUUUCAAGUUUAUAACAAUAGAAUAUAAGUAUGGAGUAAGUAUUUUGUGAUUUUUACGUUCUUGUAAAUUGUAUUUUUAAUUUAAUUAUCAGUUACCACAUCAUAUCUGUUAAAUUCAGUUGAGUAAAUUUGAAACCGACAAAUACGAUUA